GGUCUACUUCCUGGUGGUCAAAUUAAAAAACCGUUUUCGUUUAUAAAAAGAAUCCCGGGGCUGAUAAUUUAAACCCUAACCCGAACCCCAAUUCACCGAAAACUCCAAGUGGAGGUUCUGCUACUACGUUGCAAUUUGCAAGUUUAAGGGAAAUCAGAUGGAUUUGGAUGAUCGUAUCGUGCAAUUGGAGAAAGAGAAACAAGAGACUCUGGAGCAGCACGCCAAAAGGCCUUGUGUCAGAGGCAAUACCUCCUCCGAAGAAGAAGAUGAAGAGAAAGUUGUUGAGGAUACGGCUGCCUCUGACGAAGAAGAAGAGGAGGAAGAGACAGAAGAUGAUACUGAUUCCGAUUCUGAUUCCGAAUAUGUGCCGUUUACGCCUAGACGUUUAAUGACUGAUGAAGAAAUUCGUGAACAUCGGAGGCAGGUUGCUGAAAGCAACGGAUUCGAUGUUGACUGGUUUGAAGGCAUUCUACCUGGUUCAAUUAAGCCCUAUACGUUGACCGAAGCAAACCGCCCUCCAUUGAUAGAAUUUUCCAAGAAAGCUUUGAAAGUCUACAAUGAGAGCAAUAAUACAACUUUUAUAUUUGAUAAGCUUAUCAAAUCAAAUGCUCAAUGUGUUGCUGGCACAAUGUUCUACAUUACUUUUGGGGCGCAAUCUGGCAAUAUACAUGGAACCUUUCGUGCUAGGGUCUGGAAAAAGAUAAUGAACGAAGGUUCGCAGGUUAUGUCUUGUGAGAAGUAUAUUGAGCAGCAUGUGUGAGUGUCAGGUAUAAAUGUUACCUGAGCUUUUUUGUUAUGGUUUUGUUUGUGUAGACUAGUUAGAUAUUAAACUAGUUAGUUAUAUAGCACAUAAUGCCAAUCACCUUUGGAUCUUAAUUUAUGCCUAAUGGUUUUGCCUUUUAAAUAUUCCGCCCAAAGUAGACAUUGACUAAUUCUCUAUCUAUCAUCCAUAUAUUGGUGAAUGUUCACAUCUAUUGACAGAAUGUGUUUAGUUUGUAUGCCAUUAACACUACAACAUUUUUGAGCUAUCGCAACAUAUGAUAUAAGUAACUUUUAAAAAGUGUUGUCUAAAAUGGUCAAAAGCAACAUUUAAGAUUUGUUGCAAAGAAAUAAAAUUAUUGCAACUCUUUGUUAACCAACAUACUGCAAACGUUCUCUUUGAUCAAUUUGAGAUACAUGUAAAAAAGCGUUGUUUUAUAAAUUAAAUAGACAACAUUUAUAGUAUUUAUCUAUUAUACUUUCUAAGAGUUGCCUUUAAAUGUUUAAUGAACUUCCCCUUCUAAGUGUUGUCUAAAGUUAUUUCACUAGAAUUUUUAUUUUUAUUUAUUUUUUAAAAUUAUUCUUUUCCUCCUGACUCAACCAAAAAACAAGAAAAGAAGCACAAAAAACAUCAAGCAAUAAUUGAUUCAUCACAUUCCUGACUACCAUUACUUAGAAACAAAACCCGAAGUCUCCAACCAUAUCAUUUCAGAAUCAAAAUCCUAACCCUAACUCAAUUUUCCCCUUAAACGACAUUGACGCCCGUUCUGCAUUCCUCUCUGCUCGUCGUCAUCAUGUUCAUCACUGCUUAAGCUCGCGCGGUGUUCUACUUUGCUCGCGCUGUAUUCUUUUGCUCACAUCGCGUUCUGCUAUAGUCUGGUCUGAUGUGUUCUUCUACCCGCGCUGUUCUGAAACUUCUGCUCUUCUCCGCCAUUUUGAAAUCUCUUGACUUGCGCUGCUGUUGCCGUUUCUACCUUCGCUGCCGGAUCCGCCGCUGCUGUAAUCCCUCUUCUCUGCCUUGUGCUGCCUGAGUCGUCUCUGGUCGUCGUCGCUGCUCGAUGGUUGUCGUCGGCUCGCCAAUGCAUCACGUCCUUGCUGCUCUGCCUGAGCUGUCUCUGCUGUAAUCCUUACUGACCGCUGCAAUCAUGUCUCAGGUUAGGGUUUUUUCUCCUCUGUAAUCUUAGGAAGCUAAUUUUAUUCUCAAAUUGGGGAAAUUGAGGAAUGUGUUUAGGAUGUAUAUAUGUUCUUUGAGAGGGUGUAGUGUAUGUGCUUAUUGAAUAUGCUUUUUCAAGUCGCUAGCAUAUAAUGCUAUGCUUUGAGGUUCGAGGCCCAAACAUGUUCAGAAACAACUGUAUGUACUGUGUAUUUUUCCUUUUCUUUCUAUUUUCACUUUCAUCAUCAUGAUGUGCGUCUUUUCUGAGUUUCUUGUGCUGAA